ACGGGUUUUGGUAAAAGGAGCAGCAGCCAUCGCUCAUGAGCUCCAUCCGUAGAUUUAUUCUCCCAAAUUCGAAGCCAAGAUUUCAACAACUUAGGAUCUGCUGAAGAUUUUACAAUGGAUGACGACAGGUUGAACUCUCCUAGCACAUCUGCUGUUAUACUUGACGUCUUAGGCCAUCAGUUUGCAAUACUGCAGGACCCAAAUUCCAAGCAUCUUGGCACCACUGUUUGGGAUGCAUCAAUGGUAUUUGUGAAAUAUCUGGAAAGGAAUCGCAGAAAAGGCAGGUUCUGUGCUUCGAAGCUGAAAGGAAAACGUGCCAUUGAACUUGGAGCGGGCUGUGGUUUAGCUGGACUUGGAAUGGCAUUAUUAGGAUGUAAUGUAGUUUCGACAGAUCAAAUUGAGGUGUUACCAUUGCUUAUAAGAAACGUUGAACGUAAUACUUCUCGGAUCGCACAGGCAAAUACUGAUUCAGAGUUAUUUGGUUCUAUCAAGGUCGAGGAGUUGGACUGGGGAAAUAAAGAUCACAUUAAAGCUCUUGAUCCUCCAUUUGAUUACAUCAUUGGAACUGAUGUUGUGUACGCGGAACAUCUAUUGGAGCCACUAUUGCAGACUAUUUUGGGCUUAGCGGGCCCUAGAACAACAAUACUGUUAGGUUAUGAGAUCCGGUCCAACACAGUCCAUGCCAGGAUGAUGCAGAUGUGGAAGAAUAAUUUUGAUGUAAAAACAGUCCCAAUCACGAAGAUGGAUGUCAAGUACCGUCACCCCAGCAUACAACUUUAUAUAAUGACGCCAAAAGCUCAAACUAAAUGCGAUGAACUCAAGGUUCCAGGAUCCGACCAAGUUGAUUCCGAGGUUGUCGAGAGUAAUGAAACAGAAGAGAAGGAAGAAGCUUGUAAUGAGAAGUCAGUUGACGGAGAAAUUCCAGAAAUUGGAAGCGAUAAAGUUGAUGAUUGGGAGACGAGAAGAUGCGGAGCUAUGGCUGCUAGGCUUCUGAAGGAUGUUAAGAUAGCGUGAAAUGCUUUUGCUUGUAUUGUACGUGAUAUUGUCAAUCUUCAAGUUAACUUUGAACUUAUUCUAGGUUUGUCAGAUUUGGUGUUUCGAACAUUUAGACAGCAAUUUGACUUGAAUAUGGUUCAGAUUGAUAAUAUUGAUGAUGAACGGUCAGAAUUGUUACGGCAAGUGUUGUCAGUCCAUUUUCAUGUGUUUCAUACGGGAGUCAAGAUUAGAAAUGUUGAAUAUUUGCCGCAA